AGUUUAACAUUCUGGAAGCUACUAUAUCAUCUCCUGAAUCAUAUCCAUGGUGGAGGACAGAUAAAGUCUGCUGAUACAGGCACCCAAGUCAGAUUUGUCAAAUAUGCAGCCUUGAGCUAUGGAUAUAGAAGACUAAAAUUUUAUCAGCUUCCUGCUGAUGGUUCAGAAGCAAGCAGAGAAUUGCUAUUGGCACUCUCUUGGUUCCUUUGCAGAAUAGCUCUAAUGGAAAAGUUAUUGAUACUAAAUAGAUUUAAACUUUGGGAUGAAGCAAAAGUAUGCAUGUGCAAUCCUCCUCUAAAAUAUCCACAAGAUGGGAAAAGCCUUUUUUCAAAACCUCACAUUAAAGGCCAAAAAGAUGUCCAAUACCUUCAGUGGUUGAAUGGCCGCCUGAAACUCCAGUGGCGGAGUUACCACUCUGACCAGGAAGAGCAAUGCAAGUUACUCCAUAAGGUACAUUCCUACACAAUAGGUUCCCAUAUUGAUCCUGUUAUUGACCAUUUCUCAGUCAUAGAAGUUGAUGUUGGAAGACAAGCAGAAAGAUAUAAGCAGUUGCUGCGUUUUGUGGAAUCUGAUUGCUCCCGUCUAGAAGCAUUUUUGAAGUGGAAGCCUAUGGAAUCCCUUUAUUGGCAUUGGAUGGAGACUGUUUUGGAUAUGGUAAUAGAAGAUACCCAGAACCAGACUAUGUGUUACAAGGACUGUCUUUUGCCAGGUUCUGAUCUGGGAUGCCAUGGUGUUACCAGAAUUAUGGAAGAAGUUGACAAAUGUAAGAAAGACCUUCUGAGUCUGUGCCAGGAGUUGUGUGAGCAUAUAACCCUCAGGAAACAGGCUUGCUAUGGAAAGGUCAGAACAAGGCAAGAAAAAGGAGUGGAAGAUUUCUGCAUGGCUGUAAGGAAAGUACAAGAAAUUGUGGAGCUGAAAUUCUCUGACCUUAAGUGCAAUAAUAGUACCUGUCAAAGCAAUAUGUUGCAUGGUCCAUAUAGACUUGUUUAUAGAAAAAAGUGUUUAAAGGACAGUAAAAUGGAUGCAAUUGGAACAGCAGCACCUACCAAAGCCAGUGAAGGAAUCACUGCCAGUGAUCUGAUCAGUUUUCUAAAAAAGAAAGAAGCAAGAUUGAAGGCACAGUUAAAGCAGCAACAAGAGGGAGAUAGGCAGAAGAUUCAUAAAGCAGCAAAUAAACUUGGGCAAGUGCUUUUCAUCCCACCAAUGAAAACACAAAAAGCAAGAAUAAGUGCAGAAGUUGACAAAGUUCACCACUUUUGAAAGAACACUUUGGGACUGCUUGCAAUUGCUUCACCCAUUUUUGGCAUUUAUUUCUGUCUUCUGAAUGCAGCUGCUGGUCCUUUAUGCUUACUAUGCACCCUCUCAUUUUGAAAAAAAGAAUAUGUCUUAAGUGUACUACAUGUUACCUCAAGGCUCUUAAUUAAGAGGAGGCUAAUAUUCACAUCUUUUAAAAUUAUUUUAUCUUCUCAGAUAGUUAAGUGUUGGUGCCCAGUUUCAGUUUAGCUAGAACAGAUUUAACACUACCCUACACUUCACUAAACUAAACUAUCAUACUGAAUAUUUGGACAAGAGGUGUGUAAGUAUGAGAAUGCUGUAUAUUUAGUACCAUCUUCAAUAAAGAUUUGUUUUUUAAAAAAAUUUUUUAUUGUUU